CAGACAAUCCUGUAAAUCGUCUUCUAACGUAGACACAAUAUUGACUUCCUUGCUGUCUAAGAAGGAAUUAACUAUGGCGCUCUUUUUUCAACUCCUACUCUGUAGUUGGAUCUUUUCAUGGGCAUUCGCGGGGCCGGUCUCCUUGGUUGCAAAGUCCCCUGAAUCGGCACCAGCACAUGAUAUUACCAAAAGAGAUAUUGACCCAAUCAGAAGUGCUUAUCGAGGAAUCCACUGGGAUGAUGCCUAUUCUCAAUGCACUACAGACGAAUUCAAUAUCCUUGUCGAGAGCAGUCGCAUGGCAUUGGAUGUUACCAGCUACAAACUCGGCCAAUACUGGGAUAGCCCCGCGUGGCAUCGAUAUUUCGUUCGGGAUUGGAAGACCAAUCCUACCUAUGGAUGGCAUGGCAACGAACGAAGCCAAGAUACAUUCCUCAACAUUCGAAACAAUAUAGAGCAAGUUUCUAAAUUUCCAAGAGAGGGGAGAAAAGAUAAAAGAGGAAAUUGGUCACGAAGCAAGCAGACAUCUUAUCGCUGCCAGGAGAUUCCCAAUUACAAUAAAUGCGCCAAAUCCCCGAAUAAAGCAGGCCGGUGGACAGGCCCGUCUGCUUACACAGCACAACCGGCGGCAAAUCCCGAUGGCUGGGCAGUUGUCUUUUGUCCAAGAUUCUUUCAGGACGGUAGAGCUAAAUACAUCAACAGAAUUACCGACGGUACAACAAAGAAGCCUUCUGAUAUUGGGACUUUGAUAUCGUACGAAUAUAUUGUCAUACAUGAGUGGAUGCAUAAUAAGCUCUUUGGAUACAAGUUUAUGAUUGAGGAUGUCAAGGGUAAUAUCCCCGGUCAACCAGACGGUCGAACAAUCUACGGAGACACUUUGUGCCAUGAGUAUGCUUGGAUUAAUAUGGGAACAUCAAGGGUGCCCGGAGGAGGCGUGAAUCUUAUGGUGGCAUGGAAUGCCGAUAAUUAUGCCUGGUUCUUCAAUUACAACUGGUACUACUAUCACUGGAGCUGGAAUGAUGAUGGUUCUCAUUCCUACAAACGCUCGCUGGUAGACCGAGACAAUGAUGAUGAUAUCAUCACCUUUGACAGUACUGGUGGUGAAGUUGAUGAAAAAGACAUUGACCUUAGCCAGGACACAAUUCCAAUCAACGUGCACGUUGAAGGCGCCGAUUCACAUGGAACCCCCAUGGCAGUAAUCAAUUAUGUUGGUGAAGAUUACGACGACUUCGUUAAAGACAGCAAGGAAUCUUUUGUGUCACCAGACAGUGAUUGCAUACUUUCUGCCGAGUGCAAUCUGUCCGAUGGUAAUGCUAUUGACCCAAAAUGCAUAUGUAAAUGUGAUGGCGAAAUAGCCUCGCUAGAGGAUCCUCGCUGUGCAGGCUUUGCAGGAUCCCUCCCAGACCCACCUAAGGGCGGCCCUGGUAAUGGACCUUAGCCAUUUCAAAGGCUGCAUAGUGGGCAGAUCUAUGUA